AUGUCACCUUACUUCAGCAGCGCUUCUGCGAGGAUGAUCGUCCUCGUGGUCGCCUUUAUGGCCGUCCUCGUCGAGCCCCACAUGAUCAUGGCGACUCCCAAGCCUUAUGGAAGUCCCGACAAUUCCCCCCUUACUUCAAGCAACUACCCUUGCAAGGUCACCAGCGACCCUGCCACCUUCUACAAGACCGAUGGAAUCAUCGACCAGAACUCCAUGGUCGCUGGCGAGUCCCAGACGCUCUCCUUUACCGGUUCUGCCGUUCAUGGAGGAGGUUCUUGUCAGCUGGCCAUUACCUCGGACAUGCAGCCUUCCGCUAGCACCUCUUGGAGGGUCAUUCUGAGUAUCGAGUCUGGCUGUCCCUCUACCGAUGGUAGCGGUGCUAGCACCUACAACUACACUCUACCAGCGGAUCUGACUGCAGGACAAUACAGUUUUGCUUGGACCUGGAUCUCCAAGCUGGCAGGUCAACCAGAGUACUACAUGAACUGUGCUCCCAUUACUGUCACCGCUGGCAAGACAAAGCGCGCCAACGAGGGUGUCUCUCUGAUUCCCCGAGCUGAUACCUACCCCGAGCUUUUCGUCGCCAAUCUUGAUUCCGUCAACUCCUGCAAAACUUCGCCAGGCACAGACGUCGUGUACCCCGACCCAGGCCAGAACGUGGAGAAGCUGCUCGAAGGCGCCACCCCCAGCUUCGCUUCGAUCUCGGCAAGCGGCUGCGUCCCCAAGUCCCAGAGCCAGGGCGGUGGCUCUCUGCCAACCGCCACCGCCGGUGAUUCUGGCGGAGCCGCAGCUGGCACUACAGCAGCUGCGAGCGCGAGCGCGACUGCUUCCUCGGAGGCCGAAUCUGCCUCUUCGUCUCAGGAGACCAGCUCCAACUCAGGCGGCAUCUUCGCGCCUACCGGUGGAGCCGCGGGCAGUGCGUCGCCCACCACGCUGGUGACCAGCACCUCUCCCCCUCGAGCGAGUUCCGUCUACGUUAGUCCCGUGACGACCGCCCAAGCGACAUCCGCGACAGCGUCUACAAACGAUUCUGCGUCCGCAUCUGCGACCGAUUCUGCAUCUGCAUCUGCCUCCACCUCGGCAGACACAUCCGCAACGGCAACGGGCAGCCUUCCAUCCGCGACCCUCUCACCUACCGGCGGCGGCUCCUCGGGCAACUCGACCGGUUCGGACGGCGGCUCCUCAUCCGGCAAGUCGGGCGCCUGCACGGAUGAGGGCAUGUUUAACUGCAUCGGCAGCCAGUACCAGCAGUGCGCGUCCGGCGCGUGGACCGCUAUGCAGGCCCUGCCUGGCGGCACGACCUGCAAGCAGGGAGAGUCGGAGACUCUUUGGGCGCGCGAUAGCGCUCGCACCAACGGCUUGCGCAAGAUCCGUCGAUAUGGCAAGAUGAAUGCCCAGGGGGCAUAA